AUGGAUCAGGACGCAUUCACCUCCAACAACCUAUUCAAGUGGGACCCACGAACAUUUCUUCCAAUGGCGCCCUGCACGCGUGUCCCGCUUCUAGAAUACUCCAUUGCUCCCCCUAGAGCACCGACGGAGCUAGAGGACCUGUUCCGCGCUUACGGCGUCAGAUACCACACGGCGGCCAAGGUGGCGGAGCUUGGUUUCACGGUGAGCACACUCGUCAACAUGAUGGAGGAGGAGCUCGACGACAUGAUCAACAGCCUUUCACACAUUUUUCGCUGGGAUCUCCUCUUCGGUGAACGUUACGGCAUCAAAGCCGCAGUUAGAGCCCAGCGAAGACGCAUCCACGGCGAUGACAUGCGGCGGCGCAACCUUAACGACGGCACCACCAUCAACGCUCUUGAUGCUCUUUCUCAAGAAGGGUUGUCGAAGGAGGCAAUAGUGGAACAAGAAAAAGAGGUGAUAGGGAACAGAGGAGGGAGCGCGUGGGGGGUGGUGAGUGGCGGUGAGAGGAGGAAGCAGCAAAAUAGGAGAAGGAGAAGGAGAAGGAAGAUGAAUGAGCAUGAUGGUGAUCUUGAAGAGGCUGAAGAGGAGGAAGGAGAAGGAGAUGAUGAUGGGGGGAACAAUAACAGUGGUUGUGUGAGGCAAAGAGAACACCCAUUCAUUGUGACCGAGCCUGGGGAAGUUGCACGUGGCAAGAAGAACGGCCUUGAUUAUCUUUUUCAUCUCUAUGACCAAUGCCGUGACUUCUUGAUUCAGGUUCAGAACAUUGCCAAAAACCGUGGUGAAAAAUGCCCUACCAAGGUGACAAACGAGGUAUUUAGGUACGCAAAGAAGGCAGGAGCAAGCUACAUUAACAAGCCGAAAAUGCGACACUACGUGCAUUGUUAUGCCUUGCACUGUCUGGAUGAGCAAGCGUCGAACGAGUUGAGAAGGGCGUUGAAAGAGAGAGGGGAGAACGUUGGGGCGUGGAGGCAAGCGUGUUAUAAACCCCUUGUCGCCAUAGCAUCGCUUCAAGGUUGGGACAUUGAUGCCAUCUUCAACUCUCAUCCUCGUCUUUCCAUUUGGUAUGUCCCAACUAAACUACGUCAACUUUGUCAUGCUCAAAGGAACACCAACGUUGCUCCAAGCUCUCUCUCUGUUGCCACUGCCCACCUUCCUUUCUAA